CUCUUUGACCAGCCUCUCCCUUCUCUCUCACAAAUACUCCUUUUCUCCUCAUUUCCGUCGCUCUCUAGGCUUCAAGUCCCCAAACCAGGCAGCAAACCUCGCGAGAAAGUAACGAGAACUCGAGAGGCGGAGUUGGAGGCGGCGAGGGAGAUGGAGAACGGCGGCGGCGGCGGCGGCGAUGGCGGCAAGAGCGACGUCCCGGCGGACGCCAACGAGCAUUGCCCUGGGACGCAGUCGGAGGAGGCGGGGAAGGCGGAUGCCUGCGCCGGAUGCCCCAACCAGCAGAUUUGCGCCACCGCCCCCAAGGGCCCUGAUCCUGACUUGGUUGGUAUUGUUGAACGGAUGGCUACAGUAAAACACAAGAUACUGGUUCUGUCUGGGAAAGGAGGUGUAGGGAAGAGUACAUUUUCAGCCCAGCUCUCAUUUGCCCUUGCUGAAAUGGACUGCCAGGUUGGCCUUCUUGAUAUAGAUAUAUGUGGCCCUAGCAUCCCAAAAAUGUUAGGCCUUGAAGGUCAGGAUAUUCAUCAAAGCAACCUUGGUUGGUCACCAGUCUAUGUGGAGUCCAACCUUGGUGUCAUGUCAAUUGGUUUCAUGCUGCCCAACCCAGAUGAUGCUGUUAUAUGGAGAGGACCUCGCAAGAACGGACUCAUCAAACAGUUCUUGAAGGAUGUCGAUUGGGGGGAGAUUGACUAUCUUGUGGUUGAUGCUCCUCCAGGGACAUCAGAUGAACAUAUUUCAAUCGUUCAGUACCUUCAAGCCACAGGAAUUGAUGGUGCAAUAAUCGUGACCACUCCCCAGCAGGUCUCUCUAAUCGAUGUGCGGAAGGAAAUAAAUUUCUGCAAGAAGGUUGGUGUGCCGAUCUUAGGUGUUGUGGAGAACAUGAGUGGCUUGCGGCAGGUUCUCUCAGAUUUCAGAUUCGUGAAGCAAGGUGAGGGAGGCGAGAUGGAUGCUACAGAAUGGGCGCUGAACUAUAUCAAGGAGAAAGCUCCUGAGCUUUUGACAAUGGUUGCAUGCAGCGAGGUGUUUGAUAGCAGCAAGGGUGGUGCGGAGAAAAUGUGCAACGAAAUGGGAGUACCUUUCCUUGGCAAGGUGCCCAUGGAUCCACAGCUAUGCAAGGCGGCUGAGGAAGGGAGGUCAUGCUUCGUCGAUCAGAAGUGCAGUGCUAGUGCACCAGCUCUUAAAAGCAUAGUCAAGAAGCUGAUCGAGAAUCAAGAUUGAGUGAACUUUUUUUAAAAAAAGGAUAAUUGAAGACUGAGUGAACUAGUGAUGAUGGUUUCUGGGAAACGGGAUGCGGAGAUAUCGAAGCUCAGUGUAGAUAUACCUGAUACUGUCCCAUAUGUUUUGAAGUUCAGUUUUGGUUGUGUAGAACUAUUCUGCUUGUGGAAUCACUGAAUCAGUUUUUCAGUCUGAUGUGAGGAAUGUGCCAUAAUAAAUUGCAUGAUGCUGCAAGCUCAUCCAACCAGUUGUUCUUGAUAUACAUUAGUUGCUUGAUUUGCA